CGAAGCAUGACGCACCAAUAAGCCAAUCUGUUCCAUGCUUAGGGUCACGCAACGAUAUGAGAUUUAAUUUGUGGGAGUCUACAUUUAGAUUUGAAUUUUCAAAGGACCUUUGUAUUUUUCUCAUAGUUUUUAACAGUAAAUGUUACGAUGCCAUUGUGAAACCCUUAUGGUCCAUAGUUGUUUAGAUAUGCUACUUAGUACUUGCCUAGGAGGAAUGCAAUGAGUUCACGGAACUAUGAAAGUCGGUAUCUCAGGCAUUGUGCAAAAAAUGUACACCUUUAUGAGUGAAUUUGGUGAUAUUUCCCAACUGGCUGUCCUUAACUAUAGAUACACCAAGUUAUAAAUGUAUAGGUUCUCAAUAGGCAUGAAGAUCAUAAUUUCUAAACAACCUAAUUUAAAUUUAUCACUUUAGCUCUUUUAAUACCGACUCAAAAAUUAGUAAGUCCUCUAUGAUACCCUUCUAUAAAUAUUCCCCUCUUCACCUUCUCUCUGCAUGCAGAUCAUAUUAACCCACCAAUUUGACGUUUAAGCGCCCGAAAAGUCGGCAUAAACGGAACACUGUCCAGCAGACACAUUGGCAUCACUGCAGAAAAUCGUGUCAAAAAGCAAACAAUUCAAUUGCAAAACAUCAUAUUUUUUUCUUCUCCCUUUGAAAAUCUAAAAAGAAAAACAUAAAAUUUAAUUUAGAAAAUGUUCGACGGACUAUUUGCAAUUUUUAAAACUUAAAAGAAAAUAAUGUUGGCGUUGAAGUCGCAGUUACAUAAAGUGUUUCGCGUAUUUAAUAAUAUUAUUAACAAAAUAGCAAAGCAAAACAAAAACGCUAUAGGAUUCGCUCGCUCGUUGGCUGGCUGGCUCUGUUUUGGAGAUAAUUAUUAAAUGGAAUAUGUUUGACAACGCCAGGGCACGACAACAACAUUAACAAUUAUUUAACGAAAUUGUCCAAAGCGAGAGUGAGAGAAGAAAAGAAAUUUUGGUUUCCGAAUUAGAAUCGCUAACAAAACAAAAGACACUCUGUUACCAGAAACGAAAGAAAAGCAACUACAACAACAGCAACAUCAUACCUCUGCAACAAUAUUUAAGUGUGGUCUACAAAAAAAGUCCCAGCCUACAACUAUAACAACUACAACAACAAGUGAAAAACAUAUUUUUGUAAAUUUAAGCAACUCUGAAGUCGGUCGUCUGCCUGUCUCUGCCUCCGUUCCGUACUUUUGUAUCAUUUGGAGCUUUAAACGAAAUGCAACAACAAAAUAAGAAUUAUUAAUGUCAAUGGCACUUCAAAAAAAAGUAGAACCACAAACAAAAACGUAAGACGAAGACGACGACGACAACGCAUCCUUUAAGAAAACGACCGGGGCACGGGACAAGGCACAACAAACAAACAACAACUACAACAAUAACAAACAAAAAUCCCAAUUUGCAAUUUGUGGUUAUUAUCAUUGUACAUUUAAACCAGAAUAGUAGUGUUUUCGUACGAUUUUCCCAGCAAAUGCUACAUUAGAAAACGAGUUCCUUAAUGCAAAUAAAAGCAGAAGUAGAAGAAGAAAAAACAAGUCGAUGUCAAUGCUUAAAUUGAUUUGUAACGAAAGUCAUCACUGGCACAAUGCAAAGUUUGGAUUCAUCAUGUCAAGAAGCUGAUUUCAUAAUAAAUGACACUUUGAAGAAGCUUAAAGGCUCCAAUUCAGCAAAUUCUGCCAAUGCGAAUUCGGUAUCCUUAGGUGGGUCGAGUGCAUCAAACGCAGCUUUACUUAGACAACAACAUCAUCUUCAUACACAGCCGCAACAGAUUAUUUACCAACAUCUGCCCUCAUCAUCGUCGUCAUCAUCAACACAGCAGCAACAGCUGAAAUAUCAGCAGUACCAGCAACUGCAGAAUGCUCUUCAGGGCACAAAUGUGUCAUCGUCCUCGACUUCGACGUCGUCUGGACAGUUGCAUCAACAGCUACAACAUGUGUUAUCUAGUUCUCAGCAACAGCAGCAGCAACUAUCCUCACCACAGCCACCUACGCCGCCGUCCCUUGUAUCGUCUUCGGCGACGUAUAGCGUCACAUUUCCCACAAAGUCGUCGCUCAUAGACAACAGUUUGUUGCAUUGCAAUAUCUCACAAAUACCCAGUCAACCUCCAUUAUGUAUAUUUGACGAUGAUGAACCGACACCUUCCGAACAACCUCCCGCCGAACUUUUGGCACCUUCUGCCACGGCAUCCGUUAGUAGCGGCACAGGAUUGAAUACAUCGCUCAGCUAUGACGGUUUAGGGUUACUGAGCCAUGGCCCAGCUUCUAAUUCCAACAGUAGCCAUGGCAGUGCCACUGUACACCACAUACCCAUGGCGGCUCCAUCGCCGUCGGUAUCUGCGCCUACAGCAUUUUCGAGUUUCAAUUCGAUUACCUCACCAUCUCCUGUUGUUCCAGAUCUGUUAUUGUCUACACCGCCGGGUGUAAAUUCUUCUUCACAAUCCGUCAACAACAAUAAUAGCAGCAAUCAUAACAAUAAUACAAACAAAAAGGCUGAAAAACGUCCUUCUUCCUCGUCCUCCUCAGCAUCCCUAUCGACGUCAAACCAUCACCAGCAGCAUCAUCAACAACAACAACAAAGCCAUCAUCACCACUACCAGCAGCACCCUUCACAGAAUCACCUUCCCACACAUAACUCCCAUCUGCUGGGUUCGUCGUCGUUGCCGACAUCCGCAUCAUCAGCAACGUCUGGGGCAACUGCAUCGCCUACCUCAUCGCCCAGUAAAAGGCAAAAAAUUAAAGACUCUUCAACAAAAAGCUCUCAUUCGCCGUCGUUACCACGAUCAACACCAACUUCCAAUAGCUCAGGUUCUUCAUCGGCUGGUGGUGGUACCAGCUACACGUCCACAUCUUCCUCAUCCAGCGGUUCCAAACGAGAAUCUUCAUCGCAAAGUUCUACAAGCACGUCGUCAACACACAAGUUCUUUAACAUACAUGAUCGCAUUAAGGAUCACUAUUUCCAGUUACUCGCCAAUGACUUGAGUCUAUUUGCGGAAACAGGGCUCAAACAACGAACUCGCUCCUUUGUGUUAGAACGUGUCGUUGAGUGUGAACGACUCAAUACAAUAGUGGUUAACCUCUAUCCGGGCAACAAGGGCUAUGCACUGGCUUUGCACUACGAUGAGCGUCAAGUGUUGCCACCAGACGCUGAAGGCGGUGCUGCGCUAGCUAACGAAUAUUCACCAUCGUCAUUUGCAUCUUCUUCGUUAUCAUCUUCUAUGAAAAACGUGUCUAGUCGGAAUACAAACAUCACUCUGAAUAGCAGCAGUGGAAGCAAUAGCAACAGCAGCAGUAGUAAACUUCAUCCUUCGCCCAUACCGCCUGAUUUGAAAAGGUUACACUCAGAUCAUUUGUUGGCAGGUGACACUUCCGCAAUAGACGCCGCUGCCAACGUUGAAUACUCUUUAGUUGAAGUUUUGCGUUGGCCCUACGAGAACGACCAACUGUUGCAAUGUAUCGAUCGUGAAAUUCUGCCCGACUUCUUAAUGGAUAUGCUUGCGGCAACCACAAUCACUUUACAAGCUCCCCAGGACGAUAGUACAGGGAUACCGCGCAUCUAUGCCAAACCCAAUGUUUUCUACGCCGGUUGUGUGGUGGCACAAAUUCGCGAUUUUCGACAAACAUUUGCCACCUCAACAAAUAUCUGUGAUACAAGACACGUGCUGUUACGACCCACCAAUGCAACACUGUUCGCUGAUGUCCAGCAUGUUGCGACAACGUUAAAUCAAACCAGCUCAGUUUGCGCUCCCGAAGACAAGAUAGCCCUGGAGAGUCAACUAGUAUUGGCUACGGCUGAACCGCUUUGCUUGGAUCCAGACCCGAGCAUAGGACGUCACGCCAUCAACUCACAACAUGAACGGCAACUGUUCAACACCCACGAAAUGAGGCGCCAAAUGAAGAAGUAUACUCAAAUUUCCAUAAACCGCAAGAGAAAAUUGGAUCAGUUUACCCAUCACUAUGGCCUGGAGUUGUGCGAUUAUCUGUCAAGGCUUAGGUCGAGGCCAAGAUCGGGCUUGGCAGCGGCUAAUGCGAAUUCGACAACGACAGUCAGUGGAUCGGGUAAUCCCUUAGUUAGCGCCACUAUGUUGACAUCGUUCGCAUCCAAGGUUCCGAAACGGCCGAAGGACGUUAUGCGAACCAUACGGCCACCUCGUCUCGACUAUCCGGCAAAUUUAAAGGUGCCCGAUCAGAUGAUGAACAUCGACAAGUAUGCAAAGACUAAUGAGAGGCCGAGGGAGACCACUGACUGUCAACCUCAGCUCAUUGAAGAGUACAUAUUGGAAACGGAGCGUGAUGACAACGAGGGACGGCGUGUUGUCUAUCACAUCAAGUUGUCAAUAUUUCAAAGGCCAUCAAAUUCAGAGUACCUGGGAGAAUUGUAUGUGGAUCGUGAUUACCGAGAGGGCAUACGGAAUGGUGAAUCGUGCCGCUUUCCCUUGGGCACACGAGUACAUGCGAAUCGUUAUAUUCAACAAUUUACGGAGAUAUUUACCGAGGAGGGUCGCAAAGCUGUAAAGAUUACCCAUUUGGUUCCUGGCCAUGUGCCAAAAGUAACACACACUGGUAUUACACCGGAACAGAGGCAGGCGUUGCUACUGCAACAGCAGCAACAGUUGCAAUUGCAGCAACAACAAAGGCAGGCUGCAUUGCUGGCAGCCCAACAGCAGCAACAACAACAACAGCAGCAGCAACAACAACAAGUCCUGUCGCAACAACAUUUAGUAGUUGUCGGUCCCAAUGGACAGCAGCAACACAUCAUACCAGCCACUGUGCAACAUGUUACCAACAGUACACAACAACAGCAGCAGUCGGUGCAACAUGUUGCCAAGAAUAUCAAUAUUGUCAAUGUGACUGGCAACAAUACUGCCGCUGCGGUUACACAUGUCUUAAGGCAGCAACAUCAACAACAGCAGCAACAGCAGCAACAACAACAGCAAGUGUCUACCACCCAAUUUAUAGAUGCCAAUGGUGCAACGGUUCAACUUCAACAUGCCACACUCACUGCCUCCGGUUCCAAUUCCAAUCCAACAAAUAACGCAGGCACAAACACCAUCUCAAGUGUUGGUGGACCCCAUCACAUACAACUGCAACAAAUAACAGCUGCCACUGCCUCUGGAUCAGGUGGUCAAUCUUCUCUAGGAGGCAACUCCUCUGCUGGGGCUCAGACUACAACUACUACGCAUCAGUUGAGCUUGAGCAAUGGCUCCCUUGUAUUGGUACAACAACACCCUGCCCCCAAUGCGCAAACGGUACACCACCAGCAAACAACGACACAUCAGGCCCUCCAGCAUGCUGGCAUAACUAUCCAACCAGCCAAUGCCUCGCAUCAGCAGGCGCAAGGCCAGCCAAAGACGCAAGUGAUCACCACCACUCAGCUGAAUUCUCUUACGUCUGGCAACAAUUCGGCCCUAAGAACCCAGCUCAGCUCUAAUGUACCAAUAUUGCAAGCACAGUUAAAGGCAGCUCCUCUGGUGACUGCCACAAAUCAGCAGCAGCAGCAGCAACAACAACAGCAACAGCAGUUAUUGCAUAAACAACAGAACACUGCCAAUAGUUCAACUAAUACCACAAGUGUGGGUGGGAAUGGAAAUCCCACUACGACCCUGCACGCCAAUCCAGCCAUAAAUGCAAUCUUCACCAGCAUUAUGAACAGUGCUAAUCAAUUUCAGCAACAACACCAGCAGCAGCAGCAACAACAACAACAUCAAAACACAUCAAAUUCAAAUACUUCCACAACUGCAACAGCGUUGAAGAGCUCUAGUAAUGCUUCCAUAUUGAGUUUAUUGAAUAGUGCACCGGCUGCUAUGACCAGCACGCCUGUUGCGAGUGGAACAUUUACUACAACUAGCGGUCAACCUGCCCAGCAGCAGCAGCAACACACUGUGACGUUAGUACCACACACUACCACCACCAGUCACCAGCAGCAAACGCAGCCUCAACAGCAGCAGCAGCAACAACAAACGACAACGGUAGUAACAACUGAUAACUUCGUUCAGGCUGCUGCACCGCAGCCACCGCCCCCAACAGUGCAAAGUCAGACACAACGAAAGCAAAAUGAAGUCCUACAGAAUCUUCUGAAUCCUGGACGGAAAAUUAACAUUGUUAGCAGUGGCGGGGCAGGUGUUGGAGGCGGUACAACUACAUUUCGCACUAAUGCAGCAGGUAACAUAAUUGCGGUGAAUCUCAAUCAACCAACCAGCCAACACCAUAACCACCACCAGCAGCAGCAACAGGUCCAAUCCGGACAACAGAUGCACACCGAACAUGUUGUCCAGGCGCAACAUCCGCAACAGCAGCAGCAGCAACAGUCGACAACAGUGCGUGUAUCAAUGUCGGCAUUGGCCUCCCAGUUGGCAUCCCCGCCCGCCAUAAUGACCAACAGUACAAAUUUCGGUGGUUACACGCUGAGCACUGUAACUGGCAGUGGCACGAGUGGCGGCGGAAGCAUAAAAAUACUCAAUAGCGGUAUUCAACAGCAACGGGUUUUGGCCAAUGCUUUGCGCCGAGAUUCAAUCAACAGCGUAUCACAAGGUCCGCCCAAUGCUAUAGUCGUUGGUAUGGCUGCCCCAUCGCCGGGCUCCGACUCGAAUGCCUCUAAUGCGAGCGGCUUUGCGAUACCCCAGUCAACAUCGGCCAGCGGUGGGGGUGGCAGCAGUGGAAAUACCACAACACUGAAUGCUCUGUUAGCCAAUGCAACACCCUCUCCUUCUGGGUCGGAUCACUCGCAGUCCUCCCAGAACCAAAAUCAGAGUCUACUCGAGAGGCUCAACAGCGGUGGGGUAACGACGGGUGCUGCUCUGCCCAACAUGUCUCCACAGCAGCACGCACAUCCCACGCCGCAACAGCAGUAUAUAACGAAAAGUCUAGUACAAUCCCCCGCCAAUUCUUCCAUACAUUCGCCAAUGUCUAGUCCGCAUCCACAGCCGUCUCCGUCGCCUCAUUUGCCACCGCCACCUCCCACUCAACAGCCUCAAUCGGGCCAGCAGCAACAGCAAACUCAACAACAAACCCAAACUACAACACUGAACCUCCAAGGAAUCAAUUUUUCCACUCUGCAGGGUGCUAUGGCCAACUUCCCAGGUCUGCAAAAUGUUCAAGUUCAAAUUCCAGGUUUUAAUCAGCCAAUAUCACUCCAACUGACUGGAGGAAGCAUACAAGCCGUGCAACAUCCCGCUCAAUCAAACAAUUCCGUGUCAGUAGUGGGCACCAGCGUAAGUUCAGCCUCAAACCAGCAGAGCAACAAUAACAACAGCAGUGCUGUUGUAGCAACCCAAAAUUCCAAUACUAGUCAACAACAGCAACAUCAAAGAAGCCUUCUAGUGUCUGUGCCCGUGAGCUCGGCAACGAAUCAGCAACAACAACAAACCUCUACCCAGCACACGAUCACGCUACAGCCACAGCAACUUCACCAACAGCAUGGAUCGACGGCAACCGGCACAAUAGUGAAUUUGCAGACAGGCACCGUUGCAACGGCGUCGGGUGGAACACAAACGGUGGUAUUGACAAAUAACUCUGGUGGUGGGGUGGUGUGUAAUACGACGAAUUCAUCUGGCGGCGCCAAUCUCGCAGGGAAUUCCGGAAAUACAGGCACGACAAUGUUAACAUUGCCAAUUGCCCAAUUGGUAGGAGCCGGUGUACAGAAACUAAAUCCGUCGGCGCUGAGAACAUCCAGCGCAACAGCGCCUGGAACUAGCGUUGCAACAUCGAACGCUGCUGCGUCGGCAGCAGGGGGCAGUAUUAUUGUGCAGCAACAGCCAUCCCAGAACCAACAGCAAGGCACUAAUCAUCAGGGCCAACAGGCAACCAUAACUGUUAGCAGUACGGGUGGCGGAAAUCCAACAAAUCAGGCUAUCCAAUUGGUUGGCACGAUACAGCAAGGUGGACGAAAUAUCCAAGUGAUGGGACCGAAACAGUUGGCCGGCAGUCGUCAGAUAAUAACGCAACGUCAAAUAGGUGGCUCCACCUUAAAAAUAGCAGCAGCAAAUCCAAUUAACGCCACUUCUAAUGCAAAUAUUACCUCAUCAGCCAAUCUAACUGCCACGCCCAUUGUAAUGUCAACGCAAAAAUUGCAAUUGAAAACGAUUAAAGCCACAGCUGCGUCACAGCAACAGAGCCAACAACAACAUCAACGCAUUCUCAAUCAAAUAGCCGCCACCUCGCAGACAAAUUCGCAGGGAGGGCAACAACAGCAGCAUCAAACCCAGACGGUUAUUAUUGGCCAAACACCCGCUCAAGCAGCAGCAGCAGUGCAACAAGGCUCCCAGCCACAACAACAGCAACAGCAGCACAUACAGAUAUCGGCGAGAGCUGGUAGUAAUUUAACACAACGUGCCAUCACAGCCUUUGUGGCUAAACAACAACAACAGCAGCAGCAGCAACAACAACAGGCAGCGGCGGCUGCAGCUGUAGCAGCAGCGAAUCGAAGACGUUCUGCGACUGAUGUAAAUAAGUAAACUCUAAUAACUAAGAAAACACCUACCUACCUACACACCCUUUAAGCAUUUUGAAUGUAUUCGCAGAGGAAUCAAAUUUCCUGAAAUGGAGAAGAAAACCAAACUGUCUGGUAAUGUUAAGGCUUCUUUCUUUAUUCUUUUGUUCAAGUGUCGAUCAGAAUCUUGCUCUGGCGACAAAUUUGCGCUGAUCACAGACCUUACAGCUUUAAGAGAAACAAGAAAAACUCAAAACUCGUUAUACCAAUGUGCAAAGAACUCUUUUUUUUCGGUUCUAAAUUAGUUAGUGUAGUUGAAAUAAUUUUAAUUUGUUUAAUACAACUACACAAUAAUCAGCAGGUGGUGACUUUUUCAUUGUAAAUUUUAUUUUGGCAGAGCCUGUGUUUCACGCUUGUUUCUAUUAAAUUUGAAAUCUGUGUUUGUUGAUUUCCAAAUAGGCAAAUAAAUACUCCACCACCUCUGCCAACAGCAGCAGUACUAAAUAAUGUAAUUAGAAUCAUUUAUAAUUUGCUAUUAUUUAUUAUGUUUUGUUUAGCCGAAGAAUAAGGGAAGGCGAAAUUGAGAAGUCAACAAACAACAUUUUAUUGGCAUACCAUUGAAUCGAUUCAAAAAAAAGAAAAACAGAAGAAUGGUCUCUGGCAAUAGCAUGUGAAACUUAUUGAUAUUGUAAAUUGUAAACUAAAACUAUAAAUUCAACUCUAUUAAAUAAAUACAUAUUUAUAAACGAAAAGAAAAUUAAACUAAAACACAACACAACACAAAUAAAAAGGAGAUACUAAAAACGUGCAGAAGAGUAUUAAAAAAAAAUGGUGCAUUGAAACCUAAACUGUGUGUGUACGAGCGUGUGGAAAUUAUAGUGUAAGUACAUGAGAAGCUUGAAGUCAUGGCUAGACAUAUUUUGUGACAUUUCAUAAAUGGAUUACAGAGCCGCACUAAAUUUUCCGUUUUCCAUUAUAAUUUGACAUUAAUAUGCCUAGGCAUGUCUUUAAGCUUUUUAUGUAGUUGCACCUUUACUCUUCCGUUGUUUACCACCAAAUAGCCAAGUUCUAAAAUACAUUUGUUGUACAUCUAAUAGGCAUAGCAUUAGUAAUGAACCUUACAUCGAAUCUAGAUUCAGAUUAGCCAGAAAUUAGUUUUGUCACCUUUAAUCUGAUAAUAUUCGGUCCUAUUACGGUUGUCGUCGUCGACGCAAACUAAAGCCGAGGCGAUAAUAAUGGUAUUAGGGUUGUCGUUUUUUUGUCGAUAGCGAUAAAUGAUUGCAAUUAUGAUUGUCGAUAGAAAAGUCGACGUGAAGUCAUUUUCAGAGAAUAUCUGUCGCCGUAAAAAAUUGUGACGACAUUGUUUUUAAGUCGACGUUGAUAUUUUAACCAUUUUAUAUUUGACAUUUGACCAUGAAAAUAACAACAGCAAAACAAUUUGGAAAUACUAAAGUCAUUUUCGACACUGGUCUAAUAUGAUACUAGCGCUUAAAACCUCAAUGCUGUGGCCAAUUGGAACUGCUCUAGUUUAGCAAAACUAAUUUUUUCCAUUGGUAGGUAGUUCCACCCUGAUUCCGGGAAACUAUUUUUUUCUUAGGAACGGACCCGGGACCCCAGAUUUUUUAUUCAAAGUUGGGGUUCAAGACCCCAAUCCACUUACCCACUAGGUAUCGUUGAAUGCUUACUCAAUAUAGACAGUAGAAAAUACCUAUCCAACAAGUGGUCACAUAACCACCGAAAGCCGGCUACUUACAACAACUUACAACUGUUAAAUUUAGAAAACGUCGUCGAUGACCAUAGAAACGACAACCUAAUUGGACCGAUUGUGUUUUAAUUGAUAUUGAAAAAAUAAUCACUGUAUUGAAUUCUCUGCUAAAUUUUACAUUAGGUUCUUCAUUUCUUGCAACUUUUUGUUGUCAAGCUGAAAAUUUCGUCUGAUUUCAUUCAAAUUAGCAGACCACAAUUAUUUAACAGUAACUGUUUUAUUAAAGUGAAACACCCGCUCACCCGCGCCUACACACACACGUUAAUGAAUUUGGCUCAUGCAAACCAGCAAUACUUUUAAAUUAACUGACUGUCUUUUUUAAAUCUGUAUCUUCUUGGUCUUCUCUGACGAAGUCUGAUAUGUGUUACUUAUUUAAGUAACAUUAUUGUAUAUUAUGUAUUGAACAUUGAAAAACAAAAA